AAAAACGAAGUCUCUGAUUCAAAUUACGAAAGCGAUCGUUUGCUGUUGGGCAGUUGAUGUCGUGUUCGAUUUCAGUUUCAUUGAUAACGAGGACGAGGUCCGAGAGUUGUGUGGACGAGGACGAGGACGAGGACGAGGUCUCCGUCCACGUUUACAAUUUAUUUACAUAAAUAAAAAAUCUUUUCUUCCCAGCAGGAAUUUACAAUUGGUCAAAUAAAAUUUACAGGAAUUUCUCUACAACAGCGACUGUUCUUCCGAACACCGUCCUCGCCAUGAGUACGGUGACGCAAAUCGCCGGGAUGCCCCCACGUCAUCCCCAUAAACUCAAUCCGCACAUUUUCUUACCUCUAUUUUACAUCGAACUCACUCAUAGCUCUACAGAAACAGAGACAGAGACAGACGGUUUCUAAGAAUUCAACGGCCAUGUUGCUACGCAGGGUUUGGAAUUCUCUGCGGAAAAGUUCGAUGUCGCAGAACAGCGAGGAUGUAGACUCCCAAGAGCUAUCUCCGGCGGAAAAUUUGAGUGCGGAUGUGUUUGAUUUGAUAUUGCAGCGGUUGGGGCCGAGGGGUUCCGCUAAGGCUGCUGUUAUUUGCAGGACAUGGAGGAAUUUUGUGGAAGACGAGAGGCUGUGGGAGUCUUUCCUGCGGGAGGAGUGCGGGGAAACGUGGCAGGCUACGGUUUUUGCGGAGACCUAUUUGCGGGCUGGCCUUCCGCUCAGGUCUGUCAUUCCAGGUGAAUUCACGCACUUGCCAUUCCGGGAAAUAUAUAGCCAGCGAGCACAUGUGCAGCGUUCAGUCAUUAUAGAUGGGGGAUCGGGCUAUUGUAAAUAUGGAUGGAGUACAAAUUCUGGACCAUCAGGUAGAUCAGCCACAUUUCUGGAGUUUGCAAACAUUGAAUCUCCAAUUCAUUCAAGGCUUAAACAUUUUUUCUCAACAAUAUAUCGCAAGUUGAAUGUAAAACCAUUAGCACAACCUCUUGUGAUUUCCACACCUAUAUGCCAUUGUGAUGAUACACAGUCUGCCAAAGCUGCUAGACAAAAUUUAAGAGAAGCCAUAUAUCAAGUGUUGUUUGAUAUGAAUGUACCUGCUAUAUGUGCAAUUGAUCAGGCAGUUUUAGCUCUAUAUGCUGCACAACAAAUAUCUGGAAUAGUUGUCAACAUUGGUUUUCAAGUCACUUCUAUAGUUCCAAUUUUGUGUGGUAAAGUCAUGCGCAAUGUGGGUGUGGAACUUGUGGGCCAGGGAGCAUUACGGAUUACUGGUUUUCUUAGUGAAUUGAUGCAUGGAAGUGGAAUUGAAUUUGGCUCAAUGUACACUGUAAAAGUUCUUAAGGAGAACUUGUGUUAUGUGGCUGAAGAUUAUCAUGCGGAACUGUUGAAGAAUACAAAAUCAUCCCAUUUAGUUAAAGAUGAGGGGAUCUUUACUCUAUCACAUGAGCGUUUCCAAGCAACAGAGAUCCUUUUCCAGCCUCAGCUUGGUGGCAUACGAGCAAUGAGUUUGCAUCGAGCAGUUGCACUCUGCAUCGACCAUUGUCAUUCUUUUGAAAUGGAGAAGGUUGUAGAUGAAGGAUGGUUCAAGACUGUUGUUUUGACAGGGGGCACAGCGUGUUUACCUGGCCUUGCAGCAAGGUUAGAGAGAGAGCUGCAUCAAGCAUUGCCUAUUUCAAUAUCAAAUGGUAUUAGAGUGCUUUCACCUCCUUGUGGACCUGAAUCUGUGUGGUUUGGAGGAAAGAUUGUCAGCAAUAUGAGUACUUUCCCUCAGGCCUGGUGCAUAACAAAGAAACAAUUCCGACGAAAUGGUCCAAGUUUCAUCCAUGCCAUGGCUCUUGAUGAUGACUGAACUAGAUUGGAGUUUAGUAAGUUUGAUAUGCAUGACAACAAACGUAUAUGUGGCUCUGAAUUGACACAAACCAUACAAGUGGAUUCCUCAUCUGCAGCAUACAUAUCAAUUGUGCUUAUAUAUCAUUAUGAUAUGUGUAUCAUAGCUAUCCAAAUAUAUGAAUCAUGCAAAUUACUUUUUCGUUAUCAAUUAGAUAUCAUAGCUAUCGAAGGAUAAGUAAGACAGACUUGAACAUGAGAAAGUAAGAUUAUCUUCUAAUGCAUAAUUUUAAGUAAAAUGAUUUUCUUAAGUUUCCA